UGGCAAGGUGGGGCCGGUGCGCCGCGGGUUUGACGUGUGCGAGUGCACAUGGUGCGGCGGCGGGCGGAUAAUAAGCGAGUGGGGCCGGGGCGAUGCCAUUGCUCUGAGUCACCGCGGGUGCGCGGAGCUCCCGCUCGCCCUACCGAGGAGCCGCGGGGCGUACGGCCCGCUUGAGUCACCCGGCACCGGGAAAAGGGGCGGCCGGUGGCGGGGUGUGUGUGUGUGUGUGUGGGGGGGGAGCCGCUCCGCCUGCAGCCCCUGGGGCCGCUCCGCCGGCGGGGCGAGUCGCGCCGGGCAGCGCGGAGAGAGGACAUCGGGGCGCGCUGCCCACCGCUCUGCUCCCGCGGCGCCGCCGAGCCUCCCGCCCCGUCCCGUCGGCGCUUCGCCGCUGCCUCAGCCUCCUCUAUUAUUGUUCUUAUUAUUUUAUUUUUUUUCUCUCUUCACCACCCUUUUUUUUAAGCCUUUUUCACCCUUCUCCUUCCCCUCCAAAGCCUUUUUUUUUUUUCCCCCUUUUUAAAUUUUUUUUCCCCCCUUUCCCGCGGCGAGCCUUGGGAGGCGAGAGGCAAGCGCCGAAGAGGUCGGGAGGGAGAAGGGGGCGGGGAGACGGCGAGGGAGCGGCGGGUGUCGGUGCGGGAAGGCGGGGACGCGGCUCCCCCGGCCCGACCUCGGACCAUGUACCAGGACUAUCCCGGGAACUUCGACACCUCCUCCAGAGGCAGCAGCGGCUCCCCGGGACACCCCGAGACCUACUCCACCGGCGCAGCCCAGCAGAAAUUUCGAGUAGAUAUGCCAGGAUCAGGCAGUGCUUUUAUCCCUACGAUCAACGCCAUCACAACCAGCCAAGACCUGCAGUGGAUGGUCCAGCCUACCGUCAUCACCUCCAUGUCAAGCCCUUACUCUCGUUCGCACCCCUACAGCCACCCGCUGCCCCCGCUGUCUUCCGUGGCUGGACACACGGCCCUUCAGCGCCCUGGGGUCAUCAAAACCAUCGGGACCACAGUGGGCCGGAGACGAAGAGAUGAGCAGCUGUCGCCUGAGGAAGAAGAGAAGCGAAGGAUCCGGAGAGAGAGGAACAAGCUGGCAGCUGCUAAGUGUCGUAACAGGCGUCGAGAGCUAACAGAGAAACUCCAGGCGGAAACUGAAGUGCUGGAAGAGGAGAAGUCAGUGCUGCAAAAGGAGAUCGCUGAGCUCCAGAAGGAGAAGGAGAAGCUGGAGUUUAUGCUGGUGGCUCACAGCCCUGUGUGCAAAAUCAGCCCUGAGGAACGUCGGAGCCCACCAUCCAGCAGUCUCCAGAGUGUUCGGACUGGAGCAAGCGGAGCGGUGGUGGUGAAGCAGGAGCCUGUGGAGGAAGAGAUCCCAUCUUCCUCUUUGGUCCUUGACAAAGGCCAGAGGUCUGUCAUUAAGCCCAUCAGCAUUGCUGGAGGUUUUUAUGGGGAGGAGGCACUCAACACUCCCAUCGUGGUGACCUCAACACCAGCCAUCACUCCUGGCUCUUCCAACUUGGUGUUCACCUACCCCAAUGUGUUGGAUCAGGAGUCUCCUCUCUCCCCGUCCGAGUCCUGCUCCAAAGCUCACCGGAGGAGCAGCAGCAGUGGUGACCAGUCCUCGGAUUCCUUGAACUCUCCCACCUUGCUGGCAUUGUAAUUCCCCUGCGGCCCCCCAUUUUGCCAGUGUGUUACAUCCCCCCCAGUACCAUGGGGGGAGCCCCCCUCCAUGGGAUUAGAGACAGGCAUGGGAUCGUUCAAGCACAAGGGCAGCAAGAACAAGGAUGGGGAAGUGCUGCAGCUCCAGGAAGGAGAGUGAGGACCAACACCAGCUCCCUGGAGGCAAGAAACGGCAAGGGUGGGACUGACGCACCAGGACUGUUUGGAGAGGGUGAUGUCCCUUCUGUAGCAACUGCCUAUGGAAACCUCUUCACGGCCGUAGUGGACUUGGGGAGCACCCCUGGCCAGGACUAAAGGCGAGCUGCAGGCGGUUGCUAGUCGUCCCUUCCCUUUAUGAAUUGAUCUGAUCAGUUGUGCUCUGUGCUUAGAUCAUUCUGGUUAGUUGAUCUUGCAACUUCUCUCUUUCCCUCUUUCUCUCGUUCUCUCUCUCUCUGCGCUUAUCAUUUCCAAUGUUGUCGAUCCCAUGACAUUUCAUCCAGUUGCUCUGAACUUUAAAGGCUUGUUAGGAUCUUUCCUUUUGGGACAGGCUGUGGGAAACACAGGGUUGCCCAGGCAGGAGAGGGGUGGCUGGAAGGUCUGGGAGAGGAGGGGACCAAGAGGAGCCCGAGGACUCAGCAGCAAAGACAGAGCCUGUAACUCUGGCCUGGGGCACAGAGAUGGUGAACAGAGACAGCAGGAGGCUCAUGUAGAAGCCUUUCUUUUUUAAAAUGAAGAUACAUUUAUCCCCUUGGACUCCUCAAAAAACAAGUUAGCAUCUCAGGGCCAAAGUAGCAUCAGAAAAGCUGCUGGGCUGGCACUUACCAGUGUCUUUGGGCAGGGUUUUAUCCCAGUUUGGUGGAUAUCAAAUCUACUGCUUGUUGUUUUCUUUUCCUGGGCUGCCUGCUGUCUAGGGAGUAUUGCAUCUUCCUCCCCAUCAGGGCUCCUGACUCAGAAGCCGAUCUCUUCCUGUUAGUAAAUCCUCCCCUCCCCUUGGCCAUAUUUGCAGAACAUGCUACCGAAAAAGAGGUGGCACCACAUGCCUAUAAAUCUAGGAUGGAGACUGUCAGUGGAUAAGAGGUUGAAACUAGCUGGCUGUAUUCUUGCUGACUUUUCCAUUGUUGGGAAAGCAAGCAGCAUGCAUCUACCAGUUGAUACGAGCGGGUGUUGUUUGCUCAGAGAUUCCCAGUUUCCAAGGUUGGGGAGAAGGCAGUGGUCCAGCCUUCCAGCACAGGCCACAAGGCACUCCUGACCAAGCAGGAAUGGCAUGGUUGAAGUGAUGACCUGUUUGAACUAGAGCAGAACUUCUGAUAACCUCUGGUUAUGAAUGACAAAUUGACAGCAGAGGAAAAAUUGAUUACCAUUAUUUGCACCUUGGUCUUUGGCCUCUGUAGGUUUUUUAGGGUUUGUAAUUUUUGCGUUGUAAUUGAUCUGAUUUUUUGGGGGUUGAUUGGCCUGAAGACAAAAAAAAACCAAAUCAGAGGGCUUUUCUCCUAGCCCUGGGUCCUUGUCUUCUCCAACCUGUGGGCUUGACUGCUACUACUAAGUGCUCACAGAGGGCACAAGCUCUCCAGCACUGAUGUUCACUACUGAAAACAGCAAUCUGUGUAAUAUGUUCCCACUUGGAGUCAAGCUCAAUUCCUGUUGAUGUCAAGGCACUGACAAACCAUGACCACGUGCACACUAGGAUUGCCAGGCUUGCCAGCUAAGCCAUUAGGGGAUGUCUCUUUGGUCCUGCCUGUCGAAGCUGUGGUGGCAGCUAUUUAUUUUGGUGUGAGAUUUUCUUGUUCUUAUAUAUAUAUAUAUGUAUUAUUUUUUUUAAUCAACUGAAACCAGGGUAUUUCUUGGUCAGGCUGGACCUGGAGGAAUGCAAUAUGCAAUUAUAGGGCCAGUCUCAUGAAAUGCUAAAUUACUGCAGUCCCCACCAACUCCACUGGGAAUUAAGGGGCUUCAGUCUUGUGGAUCCAGACUUUUACUCAGCAGGGCUGGCUUCCCUCAAACCCUGGCCACUGCCUAUUCCUUGAAUCAUUUCAAAGGGACAUGACUUUGGCUCUGAAGGCAGACUUUGCUUUUUUAUUAUUACUGUUAUUUUUAAACCCAGAUAUUUACCAAACCUGCCAGAAAUAGACAUGAGUGAUCUUUUUGUUUCAUAAAGCUGAUUGUGAUUCAGGCUUUUUCUGUAUUGCUUAAACACUUCCAUCAUUACACCAGUGCUAGAGAUUUCAAAUUGAGCUUACACAAUAAGUAAAAUGAUAAAGGAGUUCUCUUGUCCCUAUAUGAACAUCAAAACUUCCUUUUUAAUAAAGUAGACCUUAAAAUUCCUGUAGUUAGCACAGAGGAUCCUGUUUUCAUAGGGGUUUAUGUAGAUGAUAUCACUUUAGGUGAAACUGCUGUUUCUCUGUCUCCAUUUUCCCAGAUGCUUGUUUGGACCAGCCUGGAUUUGAAAUCUAAAAUCUAAAAAAUCUGUUCAAUAAAAUAUGUCUGCAUGUCAUUGCCACCCAUUUUUGAGCAGAUAGUGGCAUUGACAAGUGGUCAGUCCUAAAGUGAUACAGCUACUUUGGAGGCUAGCUGACCAGGAUUGCUGUCUCCCGGGAGAUCAGGACCAUUGCUACUAGGGCUUUCAGGGAGUCAGGUGCCUCCUCAAACCCAAGUUAGCCUAACUUCUAGUGGAACAACAAAAAUCUGCCGUUACUUUUGCUCACUGAAUCAUUGCCAAAAGGAGCCGCAGCUGGCCCUUGCCGCACUGCCUGCUACUUUGUCAUUGACCUUCUCAGAGACAGGACAGGACGGUCCCCUUUCCUGUCCUGUCAUAACGGAUGGGAUCCAUGUAAAACUGCCCAGAAAAGAGUUAUUUUUAUUUUCUAUACUAUCUGGAAAAAAACCCAAAUACUUUGUGCGUGCCUGUUUUGUCCCUCAGAUCUCUCAGAGGACGUCUGUGUUGGGAUCACUGGCCUCCUGCCUUCUGUAUUUUGUGGAUCAGCCUUACUUUUGUUUAGUUUCUGGCAGACAGGUACAACUUGAGCUCUGCUGCUGUUUUGGUCUGGCCCUGCUUUCUUUUCAGGUUUACUGGUGUGCUUUUUGGGAAUUGACUGUCUUCCCCAUCCCCAAAGUGGUAUUUUCCAUGAGUACCUUUUCUGCCAAUUCCUAAAUGUAGUGUCUCCAUGUUCUGCAUGUAAUGGGGAUGUGGGAAUUGUUAUAACUAGUGUCUGACCGAGAGUUGUUGAGUCAGUAGAAAAAAGCCCAGGGAAUUUCAGGUGGUGUUGGGUCAGCCCACUAGUGACUGGCCCAGUUAAGCUUCUAAUAACAAAUUAAUCAAUGCCAAACUGGGAGGAGCAGUAGCAGCUGCAUUGAAGGAAACAUUCAGCUUCCAGGUGAUGUUUGCUGUUCUAGUUUUUCCCUAGUUCCUCCUUCCCCCUUCCCAGUUGCGGCAUUGCCUUCAUCCAUUCCUUUUUUGUAGGUGUGGAGACUGGGUAAGUCUCAAACUGCUUGUGGUGUGAUGGGAUUUGGGACCAACAUGUUGGGGACAGUAGCUCUCUGUUGUGUUUUUAUAAUUAUUAUUUAAAUGAUCUAUUUAGUUCAUCUGAACCUUUAAUUUUGCUGCUUACUGUAUGUAGGAUCCACCUGGCCUUCGUCCUAAAUGAAAAGAAAAAACAAAAACCUAAGACACCCCCCUCCUCCCUGGUAUCUUAUUAUUUAUUGGCAGGCAGCCGUCUUGUGCCUGCUCUAGCAGAUCUGCCUGCCAUUAAUUUAACAUCCUCCCAACUCACCUUCCUGGUGUUUGGUUGUUGCUUUUUUUUUUUUUUUUUUUCCUUUCUUGUUGGGGUUGGUUUUUUUUUUUUAUCCUAAAACAGACUUCUGAAAUGUAAGAAAUCUUAUUAUUGUGACACUUGCAAGUUCAUUAGGAAGGCCAAGUCAAACAUUUUAAGAGGUGGGGGGAACAAUCUAUAUUUUAUUAUUUAUUUAUCAUGUUUACAUCUUUUUUUCUGUUCAAGACUUGGAUAUAAUAAAGAAAGCAUUAAAAGUACUCCAAUCUUCUUUUUUUAGGCUAGUAAUUUUUUUCCUAUUCUUUAAAGAAAACAUUCUGGGUUUUGUUGUUGUCUGUAUAAAAUGUAAAAAGAGAUAUGUUUCUAAAGAUGCAUUAUCAUUCCUCAGUGAACAGUAGGUGGAGUUCAGGACAAAUCUCAGAAUACAAGAUAAUAAUAAAAUCCCAUCCUGUUUUACUUAAUUGUUCCCCUUCUAUUCUGUAUGAUUAAAGGGUUAUUCCACUUUCUUGUUUGUGGUUACUUGAUAUUAAAACCAUAUUAAAAUGUGUAGAAAAUAGGUAUCCAGUUGU